AUGGCAACAGUUGCCUUCAUGGAAGGACACCUGACGGACGACGACCUCUCCAACUUCCUGAAGAGGUGUCGGCUCGGCCUUCAGCCCAAAGGCCUCAUCGUCAUUAAGGACAACAUGGCCCAGGAAGGCGUCAUCAUGGAUGACGUGGACAGCAGCGUGUGCCGCGACCUGGACGUGGUCUGCAAGAUCAUCCGCCGGGCCGGGCUCAGCCUUUUAGCCCAAGAAAAGCAGGAUAACUUCCCAGAUGAAAUCUACCAUGUCUACACUUUGGCCAUGAGAUGAGGGCCCUGGAGGCCGGGAGAGAGAGAGAACGCUUUCCCAGAAGCCCUGCGGGAUCGUGUCUUGAGUGAGGAACCUCCUCCAGAGGGCCCCUUUGGAAUGGGCAGGGGGCUGAGACCACCAACCCUAGGAGCCGGUCCAGACAGCGUGGGGUGCACCUUGACUGUUUUACCGAGAUGGGUUUUGGUGGGGAAGAAUUCGAGCCUUUUAUCCUCUGGUAAAGCAGCGGCUUGGAAGAAAAUAUAUUUGUGCUGUU